UAUAGAGAGAUGGAGUUGAGAGGAAAUUUACACGCACAGUCUACUUUCAUAGGAGCGACGCUGGCUUCUGGCUUGCAUGGUUUAGUGUGAUUGUACGUUGAACGCUUUCAAGUUCAUUGAUAUUAUGCUCGUCGAGGCUAAAUUAGUGAAUGGUUGUGUACGAGUAUCGUAAUAUCGUAAUUUGAUUCGUAAAAUUUGUUUUGUAGCCGUUUGGAGUGCGAAUCGAGGUGAAAAAAUAUGGACGACCCGAAAACUAUAGAAACGUAUUUCCGAGCAAAAUCGAUAUUUAUUACUGGAGCCACAGGAUUCGUCGGUAAAAUACUUAUCGAGAAGCUACUACGUUCGUUCGAUGAAAUAGAAACCAUCUACGUUUUGAUUAGGAAAAAGGAUAAAGAAACGCCGACCAAGAGAUUGCAAAAGCUCAUAGAUUGCUCGCUAUUCAAUAUCCUGAAGACGGAGAGACCGCAAACGUUACAGAAGUUGAAAGUAAUACCGGGAGAUAUAACUGAGGCUAAAUUAGGCAUCAGCGAAUCGGAUAUGAUCUUGUUAAGGAAUAAAGUUAACGUCGUGUUUCAUGCCGCAGCCACCGUUAGAUUUGACGAAGAUUUGAAAAUAGCAAUAGAGAUCAAUCUACUCGGUACACAGAAAGUAGUCGAAUUUUGUAAACAAUUGGAAAAUUUAGAGGCUCUCGUUCAUGUAUCCACAGCGUAUAGCAAUUGUAAUCGUAGCGAAGUUGAAGAAAAAAUAUACCCUGUUCCGUAUACCGUCGAUAAAAUAGUUCAGUCUACGUAUUGGAUGAACGAAGAACUGAUAGCCGAACAUACUGCUCAGAUUAUAGGCAGUUGGCCAAACACCUACACUUUCACAAAAGCAUUAGCAGAACACGUAGUAUCCGAAGUCAGCUCCGAAUUCCCUGUUUCAAUAGUCCGUCCAUCGAUCAUCUUAUCCACGGUCACGGAUCCGGUACCAGGCUGGAUAGAAAGCUGGAACGGUCCGACUGGAAUCGUCAGCGCUGCCAGUAAAGGUGUAUAUAAUAGUUUCUUCUGCCAUCGAUGGGCUGUUGUAGAUAUGAUCCCCGCCGAUAUCGUUGUAAAUGUAUUGAUCUGCGCUGCCUGGGCCACAGCUACCAAAAAAUCGAAGGAUACCACCAUUUACAAUUGUUGUACAGGUGCUCAAAAUCCUCUGAAAUGGGGCGACUUUAUAUCACAGUGUUUAGUCCACGUGAGAAGAAAUCCAUCCGAGAGAGUCUUCUGGUAUCCGAAAGCUCACGCGUAUUCGAAUCGUUUCCUGUAUAAUUUGGGUUGCUUCUUCAGACACGUUUUUCCAGCUUAUCUCAUGGAUUCCAUGAGCUUGUUUCUUAAAAGUAAAAUAAAAUUAGUCCCGAUACAGAAACGCUUAUCGAAAGCUUCCAAAGCUGUUGAGUAUUUCACAACCAGAGAAUGGCAUUUCAAGAACGAAAAUUUCAUUAAAUUAAAUAAAGCGCUUACUCCGGAAGACAGAAAGAGGUUCUGUUUCGAUGUACGUACCAUCGAAUGGUCUUCGUAUUUAGAAAAUUACGUACUCGGCAUUCGCAAACAUAUUUUCGGAGAGUCGGAUUGCACCAUACCAAAAGCCCGACAGAUGCUGAUAUGGUACAAAUGGGCCCAUCGAGUUACCAGAUUCGCAUUGGUCAUUUUCAUAUUGAAAAUUGGUAUCGGUAAAAACGCAGCUAAUUUUAUUCUGGACGUUGUCAAUAAAUGUUUACUAUUACGCGAAGAACUCGUUUACUAAAAGAAGACAGAAUGAAAAACCACGACCGAAGAGAAAAGAAAAUGAUACAUUGUUUUAUAGUAAAAUUACUCCCAUGUAUAAAUUUUUUAAUUCUCAAACAAAUGUGACCUAACGGUACAAAGAAUGAAAAAAAAAAAAAAAUCCAAGUGUUAUUAUAUAUAUGUAAUUGUAUUAGUAUUUGUUUUAAAUUUAUUGUUUUCUCUCUUCUUUUUUUUGUUCGGAUGUAAAAAGUUUUCUAAUUGAUUUUAAUAUAAUUAUGAGAAAAUUUAUAUAAA